AUCUGACAAUCAUGGCCUUCAUAUUCUACAUCAUUGGAUUUGAACUUUUGCUCAAUCGUGUGACGAUGGCUGGUGAAUUUGGAGAGACCUGGUUAUCAAACCUAGUUGCAAUCAAGUUCUACUUUAUUUGCACUAAGAAGACAAUAGAGUCAAGACUCAGAGAAUCGAAGAGGUCGUUUAAAAGAACAAUUAUUGGUGACUUCUUCAGAGUGUUUUAUCCAACAAUGUGCUACACCCUCAUGUUCAACACUUCGAUGAUCAAAGGAGCUAUUAUGAAUAUUCCUUGGUUCCUAAUGAUUCACUUAUUGGUAUACUCAGUGAAUAUCGAUAUUUUCAUCAAGCUUUAUGGUGAAAACAAGUACGGAAAAGCUCUAGUAAUGUUCACAUAUGCUAUUAUGAAGAUUGAAGGCUUAUUCACUGCAUACAAGAAGGUACACGUGCAGAAUUUCUACUUGGUGAUAUUCCAUAUUCUAAACACACACAGUCUCACUACAUGUGUUAUUAACAUCAUUGAGGACUACUUUUUGAUCAAAUACACAACCCUCAAGAAAAGAAUCCCAUUCGCAGGUCCUCUCAAUUCUCUACUUUCCUACUGUGUGAUGGUGCCUGUAGUAAUCACUGGUGAAUUCCUCAAAUCCCAAGGACUUGAUUUCUUCGGACCUUCCUCUUUCUUAGGUAUAGACAAUCUAAUGAGAAUGAUUUGUCUCUUUAUCCUCAUGUUCCACUUCUGUGACAGGAUUCAAAAGAGAUUCAAAGAGCAAAAUAUCUUCGAAGAAUUCAGAAGCCACUUCCCAAAUUUGACGAACUAUUCCUACAGUCCCAAGAAGGUUAAAGUAGACUAGUG